UGGGAGUUGUAGUGAAACCUCCUCAGUGUAUUCCAAUGUAAUGGCUGCCCAGGCGGAGCAGAUACAAGUGACUGAAAUACGGCGGGAGAAGAUUUGUUCAGUAAGAAGGUAGAUUUCACUUCUCAGAGUGGAACCACACUUUAAGGCUCUGGGAAUUCUUCAUUGACAUUCACUUAAGGCUGCCUCUCAUUCGGAAUGUGUCCUAUUGAGGGUAAGUAUUUUCUCGCAUAGGUUUAUAACUUUGUUCAAGAAGAUGUGAUGAUAAAGCACAAUGGCCUUUUAAAUGUUUCUGUGAAAGGGGUCAUGUUACUCUCUAUAUAUUACUCAAAUUCUUAAUCACAGCAAACAGCAGUCAUUAGUUUUUGUGAGUAUAGCAGCUAAAUGAGCCAGUAACGUAGCAGUCAUGAUACUAUACAAACUGAGUCAGGAUAUCAGAAAUAUACAUUGGAAAUGUAUGCUUCUUGUAGUGUCAGUGUAAAUAUUUAAUACUUUUUUUUAGAAGUUAAAGUCUUUCUGAAGGUUAUAGAAUAUCAAAAGUUUUUUAAUUCUUCAGUAUUGCAGUGAGAUUUCUGGUCAGUGACUCUUCUGCAUUUCUAGUAGCUCACUCAUGCAUGCCUGCUGUUAGUGUAUUUAUGCAACAGUCGCUAGAUUUCUUGUGCCACCCUCCAAAAGUGCGCUUUGCAGUUAGCGGUCCCUGUCUUCUAUUAUGGGACAAACCUUGCUCACUUUCUUCAAGGGGGCAGGACCUUUAAAAUCAAUGGGACUACAGCAGUAAGGGUUGUAGGAUUGGGCCCUAGAGUAUCUUCAGUUACCCAUGGUUUCCAUACAGGGUGCUAUCGUAACCAGGUGUUGAAUACUUAAAGGUCAUAUAAUAUUGGCAAGGAAUGUGUGGCGAGGUACCCCGGUGCCUGUGCUGCUCUAUGGCCAAGGCAUAGACUAUGUAAUAACGUUAGCCUAAGACACCUCAGUGGAUACCCGAGCAAUGAAUUUUGUCCAAGGGGUUUAACAGUAUUAUGUAAUGAAAGCGCUCCCUCCUGUAUAAUUUAUGUAGCUAACUAUCUAUCAUGUCAUUGAUCUUUUGCGGGAGGUAUUUGGGGAGAAGGAGAAUAAAGGAGCUGUCUUCAGAGCGUGGUUUUCCCAUAAAAAAUAUACUGUGAAUUUCCAUAGCUACUGUACAGCUAAACUCUAAGUGACCUAUAAUCAUUGCUUUUCUUUGUUAUUUUGUUUAAUUCUCCUUUGGGUAAAUCUUUCUUCUCUCCAGUGGAUGAGUCUGGGCUGAUGCCCAUCUGUUUCCCCGUUUAAUCUCACAGCUCUUCUCCUCUUCUACAAAGCAGAUUUAAUCACCCACACACUCGUAUUUCAAAAGGGAUGACAAGAAAUGUGGCCUCCUCCCAGACUCAUUGGACACUGCCACGUGAGUGUAUGGAGAGAGCAAUGAGUUUCUUUACCUCCCUCUUUGAAAAUCACGUGCCAGUUUUUCAGCUGGUAUAAAUGGGGUGUCGUUCCAUUGAUCUCUAUUAACGUCAGUGUCAUUAGAGAGGAGCUAGCUCAGAGUUUUGCAUAAAUGCUGAAGUGACCAAAGCAGGUUGUGGGGGUGUGCUGUAUAAUUAAGUUAUGAUUUAUUAAUAUUUCACCGAUCCCAUUUCAUAUAAUUUUACACUUCUGCAACAAGACAGAGGUGGGGUGGGUUGUAUCCUAAACAAUAGGAUGUGAGACUCUGGAUGAAAUACUAUAGCCUGUGUAAUGAAGAAGACCAGUCUAGACGAUCAUAAAGGUCCUUCUGACCUUUAAAUCUCUCAUAGAUGCUUUGAUGGCCCACUGGGUGCUUCACAGUCUUUAGUGUAUAUAUUCUCAGAACAUCCCACUGUGGUAGAGAAGUGCUGUUUAUCCCCAUGUUAUAGACUGCGGAACGAGGCAGAAGCAAUUUAAGUACAGUCUUUCCUUGCAAAAGCUGCCAGGGUUGAAUCAUCCCCCCUGCGUCUGUGAGCAGCAGAGACCCAGAACCCAGACAUAUCUCCACAACAUCUUCCUCCAAUCCCGCAGAGGCCUCUCUGCGCAGAUCAGACUCUGAGAGGUAGUGAGCCAGGAGUAUGACAGGUACAAUGCCUCCCGGAGCUCCACUCAGCGCAACUGAGUGCCGCCACGGUGCUACGCUAUUACAGAUUUCAGUGUAUGCUGUCCCCUGCCGGGCUGUUGCAGAGUAGAGGGUGCUCUGUCAUGAUGUAAACCCUCCGCUCUGCACCUUUUUUGCAGAGGUUUGUGCUGCUAUAGAUGAUGGUCUCAUGUGGCCUUUGUGCUUCCCAAGCUCAGAGAUUGUGAUUUUGCCUGGCCCCUGCAUAGCGGCAGGAGUGGGGACUAGGGUCGCCACCUGUCCAGGUUUUCCCAGGAUCAUCCCUUUUUAUUCAGUGGCUGCUCUGGGAAAUCGAGAAGGGUGCUUAGUGCCAAGGCUGGAUGUAGCCUCCCAAUUCAAUGGGUGCCCUAUACUAACCUGCCAGGGGGGCACUUACCACCCACCGCAGCACCUUCUGCCCCAGCACCAUAACUGUAAAGUGGCCUGGUGAAGCGGGGAGGGUGCUGUGUUUGUUAUAUUAUAUGGGAUAACUUCUCUAAUGCAGGAUGCUUUAUCAUCUUGUUGACCAUAACCAAACUCAACCAGUGACCAAGAAACAUGGAGAUGUUAUUGUAUGCAACCCCUAGGCAGAAUUAGGGUAGGAAUCAUUACACCAUGAGGCUAAAGAUACAGUAUCAAAAGAAAGCAGGGGAGUUGGUUCUGGUCAAUCUUGCAUUGAUUUUUGCUGGUGUUACUCCAGUGAAUUCAAUGGAGAUACUCCUGCUUAUGACCAGUGUGACAUCAGAAUUAGACCUGGUGUUCCAGAAUCUCAACAGGUGUCAAUUGGUAUAGCUCCAUCAGUGCAACUGUUCCAAUUCACACAUGGUGAAGAGCUUGCUCUGUUUUUUGAUUGUUGGCAUUGUAUCCAGUGUGUUGCCUUCAGAACAAGGGCUGCUUUUAAAUAGCAAAGGUAUAUGUGUAUUCUGAAUAUUAUUAUUAUUAUUAUUAUUAUUAUUAUUGAAUUUUUAUAUAGCAGCAUGUGCAUGCUGGGGACUUCAGAGAAACAAGUGUGCUCCGUAGGACAGGGAGAUCUAGCCCAGCCUAAUAACACGACCAAUGGACAUCAAAGCAUGGCAGUGGAAAACAGCACAUUGACUAAAUUUGGGUAUUAAGAGUCGUGCACUUGAGAGAACAAUUUUAGCCUUUUAUUUAUUUGUCUGUCACUCUCUUUGCUAAGGUUUAUUUUAAUUACCUUUACUUUGUGUCAAAAAGGCCAAGGAUUGGUUGUGACAGGUACACAGCAAAGCAGCAUGUGGGCACAUAAGUUUUAAAGUGUCACCUCUAUGAUUCAUCUGGUCUCUUCCCAAAACCCACUGGAGUAUGUCUGUAUAGUUAUAUAAAGAAUGGAAGAGAUGUAUGCAGCUAUUUAAUCUUCUCACACCAGUGCGUGAAAAGACUGAGAUCAUCGCAGUUACAUCAAAUAACCCAACAGUUAUAUUUGUAUUAAAACAUGUACAAGUGGGGCCAGAUUUUCAACAGACUCAGCAUUUUGAGUGUUGUACUCUUUUCAAAAUCUGGCCAGAAGUGUCACAACAGGAGCUGCUGGGUGCCCAGAGCUUUUGAAAAUCUGCCCCUUAUUAGGUGCCUCAGUGGGAGCUGAGCCCUUUUGAAAAUUUGCCCCCAAUUCUGAGCAUCGAGCACUUGAAAAUUUGGCUCUGAAUGUUUAUCCAUCUUUAUAAAAUAUUUUGAAAUCUGUGAAUGAGAAGUGCUACUCAAAGGUUGUCUAUUAUUAUUAUUUAUUAUGAAUUAACUUGCCGUUGUGACUGGAGCUGAAAACUGAAUAGGAACCCCCCAUAGGCCCUAACUAUAGUAGUGUACUAGCCAGGGAUGCUGUAACAUACCUUAAAAUAAUGUGGUACUGGAAACUGUGAGUAUUAAGAAGAGGGGGGAGACCAGGCUGUUUUGAAAAUAAUCUUGAGGUUUAUGACUCAAGUAAAACAGUGAAUUGACCAAAUCAGAAUGGGAAUAUCCGCCGAUCCCAGAGGAGACAAUCAGACCAUACUCAUUCUAGGACGCUAAGGGUCGUUCUUGGUACUCUGGCUAGUAAGGUUGCUGCUUUCUGGAGUGAAGGAAAUGUGCUUGUAACACUGUUCUGUGUUCCAUAUAGAAAAGAUACUGCAUAGAGCUCCUGUCGGGACGCUCUCGCGUUAUCAGAACUUCACUCAGGAUCAAAGGAUUAACUAUAUAGAAUCCUAGCUUGGACUAGACAGUGAAACUAGCUUGUGUCAUAGCUCCAAUGGGGGAAUGAAAAUCUAUCAAAAUUGAUUUUGCUAAAUUUGAAAAGGGGAGACAGGGAAGGUUAAAUUAAAAAGAAAAUAGUAGAACGGGGUUAUUAGGAAAAAACCUUACUAUGGAAACAUUAUUAAAUGUGAUUUAAAAAUCCAAAGCACCGCAGUUAAGUAAGUAUAUGUGUUUGUGUGUGUGUGUGUACGCGCGCGCACAUGUGCUGUUUGUACCAGAUUAUAUAUAAAUAGAUUUUCUUCUUUCAGAAUUGCAGAUGCCACAAAGGAAACUAAUCUCCUCCAACUGAAUGGUCAUCAAGGAUGUGAACUCUGCUUUUUUUUGUCUAGCUGGGUGAAGAGUUUAACAGCGUGGGCUUGCACCUCCUUUGGUUUUCAUGAUGGCAGCAACUAGUGGAGAAAGCCAGCUACAGAGGAUUAUCAGAGAUUUGCAAGAUGCUGUGACAGAGUUAAGCAAAGAAUUUAGAGAAGGAGGGGAACCAAUCACCGAUGACAGCAUCAACUUGCAAAAGUUUUCCUACAAGCUUGAGUACCUUUUACAGUUUGACCAGAAAGAAAAGACCACACUGCUGGGGAACAGAAAAGACUACUGGGAUUACUUCUGCGACUGUCUGGCUAAAGUCAAAGGAGCUAAUGAUGGGAUCCGCUUUGUUAAGUCUAUUUCAGAGCUGAGAACAUCUCUUGGUAAAGGAAGAGCAUUUAUACGUUACUCCUUAGUACACCAAAGGCUGGCAGACACCUUGCAACAAUGUUUUAUGCAUACCAAAGUAACAAGUGACUGGUACUAUGCAAGAAGUCCAUUUCUGAAGUCUAAAAUGAGUUCUGACAUUGUGGGUCAACUCUAUGAGUUAACUGAGGUUCAGUUUGACUUGGCAUCAAGAGGGCAUGACUUAGAUGCUGCUUGGCCAACAUUUGCCAGGAGGACAUUGUCCUCACAUGGCUCUUCAGCAUAUUUGUGGAAACCUCCAAGUCGCAGUUCAAGCAUAAGUAGUUUAGUGAGCAACUAUUUGCAGACACAAGAGUUUCCAGGUAGCCCUGAUGCAAAUAACUCACUAAAUGCUGAACACCUGGAGGGCUUUGAAGAGAUGCGUGUGGAACUUGACCAGGGAGAGCUGAGGCAGAGGGUGCUGCAGGACCGGAUUAAUCAGCUAGAGAAGGAAAACCAGGAGCUGCAGGGAGCCGUCAGCCUUCAGAAAGAACAAGUGCAAGUGGAAAAGGAAAAGAGCAGCAACUUCAGCGAGGAGAACUCCAGACUGACAAAGAUGAUAGCGGAGUUACAGAAACAGUGUGAGGUUUCCCACUCCACUCAGAGCACUGUUCAUGAGCUACAAAAAUGCGUGCAGGCAUUAGAAGUGAAUGCAGCCGAGCAGCAAAAGGAAUACCACACAAGGCUUGAGCAAAUGGAGUCAAGUAAGAAGGACUAUGCGUCAGAACUGCAGCUCUUGAAUCAGGAGCUGGAAACCACCAGGGCUUCGGUCAGCAUGAAGGAUCUCUGCAUCAGUGAGCUCCAGACCAAGAUAAAUUCAACGGAGCAGAAGAAUCUAGAGCUCAUUGCAAAAGUCGAUGCCAUCUUGGAUGAAAAAGGACAACAAACCUCCACCCAGUAUGAGUCUACCCUAAAGAUCCAGGAAUUGCUGGAGAAACUUCACCAGGCAGAAAAGGAAAAGGCUGACAUCCAGAAACUAAAUAACGAACUUCUGUCUCAGGUAAAGACAGCAAGAGAGGAACUGCAGCUGAAAGAGAGGGCACAGAAAGAACUGGAAUCCAAAUUUAGUUGCCUCACCACGGACUCCAAAAAAGAGAAUGAAAAACUGCUCAUGAGCCUGGAAAUGAUGGCAAAAGAAAUGGAUACAGUUCAGGAGGCACUGACUGUGAAAGGAAAGGAGGUGGCUGAACUCCAGAUCCAGCUGAAGGGCUCACUGGCUCAUGUGGGAUCGCUGGAAAAAAAUCUUGAAGAGACCAGAAGAGCAAAAGAGAACCUUCAGGAAGAGAGCAGCUGCAGGGAAGGUGUGCUGAAGCAGGAAGCCAGAACCUUGGCAGAGCAACUUGGGCUGCUGAAGGAUCAUUUAUCAAAGCUGAGUCAGAAUGUGCACAGCCUAGAGGAGCAAAACCAAAAGCUCCUCUCAAGCAAUGAUCAUCUCCUCCAGAAGGUAAAGGACAUGGAGGAGCUCGCAGGACAGCAAAGCGUGGCACUGAAUGAAAUUGGUGAAGAAAGCAAGAAACUGAAAUCCGAGAAUGCAAAUCUGCACCAAAGCAAGGAGAAGAUGAAAGAGAAGCAGAAAAACUUGGAGGCAUCUAAAGCCUCUUUGGAAGCUGAGUUGGCCAGGCUGAGGGCAUCGGAGAAACAGCUCCAGAGUCAGAUUGAUGAUGCCAUGGUGUCGGUGGAUGAAAAAGAGAAAAAGCUCCGGGAGCAGAACAAACAGUUGCACGAAGACUUGGAGAAUGUCACAAGGGAAAAUCAAAUCCUGGAAGAGAGGCUACAGUCUCUGUAUUCUGAAUACCAGGAACUGAGGCAAAGAGAAGAUGCCAUCAAGGAGUCUUUAGCUGUAUUACAAACAGAGCACAAGAGUGCCAAACAGCAUGGUUUACAGAUGGAAAAGAUUCUGUUUUCCUUGAAGGAGUGUGAAGAGUCUCUUAGGUCACAGGUUACAGAGAAAGAUGUGACACUGCAAGGCAUAGAGAGCCAAUGCAAGCAGCUACAGGCAGAGAUUGAGAUGUACCGAAAAAAAGCGGAGUCUCUUGAGAUGGAAAAGCUAAGUAUGGAAAAAACAUGCCUUCAUCAAAUAAAAUUGAUUGAAUCCCUUACUGGAGAGAAGGAUUCAGUGGAGAAGGCCCAGCUGGAGCAGGCAGCAUGUCAGGAGAAAGAGUCACAAGAGUUGGCUUCCAGGCUAGCCGUGUCUGAAAAGCAGCUGCACAUCAACCAGAGUGAAGUGUCCAGGUUGCAGGCAGAAGUGAUUGACCUUCGAGCCAAGCUUCAGCAGACAGCUGAUGAGAGAGAGAGGAUGCAAGGCAAGCUGGAUGCAACAGAGGCGGUUCUGGGGGAACAAAAGACACUGGUCCAGCAGCUGAAAGAGCAGAGUGAGUCACUCAACAGAAACCAUGUGCAAGAACUGGUACAGUGUAAAGAAAGAGAGGAAACGCUGAAAAAAGAUCGGGAAAGGGAAGCCCAUCGAAAGGCCGAGCUGGAGAAAAACGUGCUGAGUCUCAGGGAAGAGCUGUCCAAGGUUAAGCAGUAUUUGGAGACUGUUAAAAUGGAAAAUGUAGAAACCAAUGACCUGCUCCACAGAACCAACACUGAUAUGGCUGAACUUGGUAUUCAGAUUUGUACCUUGACAUCUGAGAAGGGGGAUGCAGAAGAGAAGCUGGCGCAGGUCACUGAGAAGCUCAGGGAAUUGGGUGAGCAAGCAGCAAAGGAGCAGGAGAGGCUGCAACUUGACAUCUCCAUGCUCAGGCAGGAGAACCAAGGCCUGACAGAGAAACUAAAGGAGUCUCAAGUAUGUGCUGCAGCUGUUCCCAGCCUGCAAACGCAGCUGGAGGUGGCAGAGAAACAGGCCCAAAGCUUCCAAGAGACCAGCAAAGAAGAGCUGUCUGCAAUAAAAUUUCAAAUGAGCACAGAGAUUAUAAAUUAUCAGACAAAAUUCAAGGCUGUCAGUGAAGAAUGCGAGAAAGUAAAAAAGAAGCUUGAGGAACAGAAACGACAACUGUGUGCUGCAGAGGAAGAGAUUGCAGAGCUUCACGCUGUAAACACGGAUCUGUCUAGCAAACUGGAGCGUGCAACAGAGCAAUUGACUGAAUAUGAAUCCACCAGGUUGAAAAAAGAGGAGGAGGUGAUGUCGCUGAAAAAACACUUGGAGAGGACCCAAAAGGAAGUUGACAAAGCGAAUGAGCAAGUCAAAGAGUAUGGUGACAAACUCAACAAGGCGACAGCAGACAGAGACAGCAAUGAUCAGAAGUUGUUGGCCGAGCUAGACGAUCUAACUAGAACAAAGCAAUUCCUUGAAGAACGUUUGAUAGAACUUCUCAGGGAUAAGGAUGCCCUCUGGCAGAAAUCAGAUGCUCUGGAAUUUCAGCAGAAGCUCUGUGAGGAGCAAAGAUGGCUCGGUGACACAGAAGUAAAUCAGUGCCUGGGCUGUCAGCGAGAGUUUACUUGGAUGAUGCGCCGACACCACUGCAGACUGUGCGGUCGAAUUUUCUGCUAUUACUGCUGUAACAACUACUUGCUGACCAAACACAGCGGCAAGAAGGAGCGGUGCUGUAGAGCUUGCUUCAAUAAACCUAGGGUGAUUGUGGAUUAUACGGAUGACUCUGGAUCCCGUGCCAGCCAAGAAGAACCAGCAGCUCUGCUAAAUUCACCAGUGUCUCCGACCCUGGAAGUUACAGUUACGAAUGAAACCUCCAAACCACCAGAUGAUGUAGUGUUUGAUAUAAUCACAGAUGAGGAACUGUGCCAAGUGCAGGAAUCUGAUUCUAUCCAUAAUGAAAGUCAAGCUGAAGUAGAGUCUCUGGACCAGAGUGACACAGAUCUAAACAGCACGUAUAAUUCUUCGACCUUGGAUGACUCAGAAGAAUUGCAAGUGGCCCAAGACUCUGAGAUAUGUUUGCUGAAGUCAGGAGAACUGAUGAUAAAAUUACCCCUUACAGUUGAAGAGAUUUUAAAUUUUGGGGAAGACAACAGGGAGCUGUUCGUUAAGUCCAGCACCUACAGCACCAUCCCUAUCACCGUGACAGAGACUGGCCUUACAAUCAGCUGGGUGUUUUCAUCAGACCCAAAGAGCAUAGCAUUCAGCGUUGUCUACCAAGAGUCAGAAGAAGCAACACUGGAUCAGUGCAAAGUACUUAUUCCUAUGACCCGCUGCAACUCUCAUAAGGAAACUAUCAGAGGGCAGGUGAAAGCGAGAAACUGUGGUAUCUACAUACUGAUAUUUGACAACACCUUCUCUAGGUUUAUCUCAAAAAAAGUAUUUUAUCACUUCACUGUUGAACACCCUGUGAUCUACGAUGGAAGUGAUUUUCCAUAGCCUUGAAUAUAUGGUCUCCUUUUUAAAUUAUAUUUUUAAGAAACACUAUUAUUUAUAUGUAUGUAAGCACUAAAAAUAUCAUUGUUUGAACACCUCCUUAAGCUAUGCAGUAGUCACAAAACAAAGCACUUACAAUGUGUUUACACAAAAGAAAGAAACCCUUCACAGGAACACUAAUGGUUCAGUGCUGUGUAGAGAUUGCUCAAAAGCCAUGUUGUUAGGUAGAAUUGGUCAAAAAAAAAUUCUUCAACAUUUUUUUCAACGAAAAUUUGGUUUUUGACAUUUUUGUAAAGAAAAAUUAAUUGGCUGAAAACUGGAAAAUAUUAUUUUGUUGAAAAGCUUAUAUUUUUUUCUUGGAAAUUUUUGAUAGAAAUAAAAAUAAAAAAUUGAAAUUUUCCGUUGGGGAAAAAACAUUUUCUGACCAGCUCAAAAUUAUAAAAAACUAUAAAAAUGCAACUAUGCAAUACGCUAGACGUUAAAGAUAGGUAUCAUUAAAGGAUCGAUCUUACCUUUUUUCAGACUUGUAAGCAACAAAUAUACUUUUUAGAUAUUCAGUUUUGGUUUAAAAUGUCUAACAGGGUUUUAAAAAACGCUCUGACGUUUAAUGUCCAUUACAAAAAAAGAAAAAAAAAAGAUGCAACAGUUGUAAAAUGAAGGAUUAUUUCUUCCACACUUGACCGCCCUUCUCUGUAAGUAGACCAACUGAAAUCAAUGGGAGCUCUUGCAGAGUCAGGUUUCUCUCAAAGCAACUUACUGUGUCACAAUCUGGUGUAUAACUGGCAGAAAAAUCCAGCAGUUCUAAUGUGUGACACUAAAGAAAGGGAAAGGGCCAUGUUCCUUUUUUCUGAGUUGGCUCUUUUAAACCACAGCGAUCACACAAAAAUAAAAACUUGAAGGAUACAAAUGACGAGAAUGAUUCCUUUCUAUAGACUGAGUGGAAGGUCGCAAUUGGUGAGCCUCAUUAGGUUUGAUCCAGUCUGGAUAAGUCCACCCAAAACUGGAUGCAUAUCCAAACCUAGUGAGGUCCUCGUCCUUCUCCCCUAUGCUCCUGUCCUUCUCUCUCCUGGUACCAACUCAGUCAGGUCACUUUCCUUUGCCCUUCCUUUCUCUGCUGGGCCCAAGGUGGCACCUUUAUUAAAAUCUUAUGCACUUGUGGGCCAGGCUGGUGAAAAGUUUUCAGUCAAAAUUGGUUUUGGUGGAAAAUUGGUUUUCUUUGUUUUAAAUAAAAAGCUCCAUAGAUUUAAAAUUUAAGGGGUUAUUUGUGGUUUUGAGUUUGUUUGAUUUUUUUACAAAAACUGGAAAAACAAAAGAUUUUGGGGUGUCAAUUGAAAAGUUCUUAGGUUAUAAACAGAAAGUUGAAUUUAUUUGUGGGGGUGGACAUUUUCCAACCAGAUCUCCUCAUGAGUGAGACAAAUCUCAGAAUGGACUGGAUAUCCCUCACCCAAAUAGCCUGGGAGUGUGAGACCAUGACAGAUUUCAAUGCAGCAAUUGAUGGAAGCCCAGCAGAGCCUGCCAGGAAUUUGAUAGCUCCCUGCUGGGAGUAUCAGCUGAUGUAGGGGGCCCUGUGGGGAGUUAAAAGAGAGAAAAGAAACCUGGGGGUGGGAACAGAAAACAGUGGGAAUCCAGGGCCCAAGCUACAGCUGAAGGCCGCCAAUCCCUAUUGCUGAGGUCAUUAUUGCCAUUGUAAACGGCAAUGAAAGGGGAUGGAUGUUGUUUACGGGUGAUGCACUUUUUAAUUGGUCUAUACAGGGUAUUUCUAGACCAUAAAUGCCCUCGCUAUGGCCCCAAUCCAAAGCCCACUGAAAUAAAUUUUAAUUUUAAUUGAUUUCAACAGGCUUUGGAUCGGGCCCUAUGUUAACCUGCCAGGAUCCUGACUCCUCUCAAGACAUGCCAUUUAGUUGACAAUCCAGUUCGUCUUUCUUAUUAUAUUAGUACUACUUGUAAAGUGCCAUGGGAAGAUGCAGGGUUCUUUUCUUUGUAGGAACAGAGAGGUCAGAGACCCUCACAACUGAGCUCUAUACUGCUGAAAAUACGAUUAAAUUAAAAAGAUUCUAAUCAACAUGGAAUUGAGAUUAAAGUGAGUAGCACAUAAGCAAUAAACAAAUUAUGCACUGGCAAUUUCAUUAUUUACCAGCAUAUUAUUUUAAUGCUUUGGUUAUGUUUUAUUCUUAUUUAGGCAAUGAGAGUUUAUUUAAUGUUUAAAAGUGGAAUACUAUGUACCAUACACUAUGCAAUAUAAUGGAUGUUUAACUGAAGUCCACUGCAAUUUUCCUUAAACUUUUAGGUGUGAUUUUAAAAGCAUUUUGCUACUGUUUAGCUAGAAUACUAAUUUCACUAAGAUAUUUUUCUUAAAAUGCCAAACAUAAGUUAAAGGGACACUGUCAAGUGUUAGGCCAAACUGUGACUUAUAAUAUGUUAUGAAUAAUCUGAGAGAGGGUGGCCUCUGGAUUUACUUUUUCUCUGUCUCUUUUUUAAAAAUCUAUCACUCUGUUGCAAAGAUUUUUUUUAAAAAAAUACGCUGUUCAUGUAGGGCCCAGAGUAGCUUUGCUUCUGCAAAAAACAGUAGUGCAACCUCAAAUAUUCAAAAACAUGAAUUUGCCCCGCCACCCCAAAAUCUAGAGAUUUAUAAGCCGAUCGUGAGUUUUUUUAAAUAAUAAAUGUUGGGCUUUUUAUUUUACCUUUUUUGCUUUUGAGUCUUUAGGGUGCAUUUGCAUCACAUUUUCACACUUUUCUCUGCAAGCAUCAGGGGUAGAAACUUACUUAUUGAAAAAGGAACACUGAGAUUCUCCUGCAACCCCAUGACUCCAGCAGCUGGGGCUUAGUGAAAAACACUAAAAACUGUAAGUGUUGGCAACACUGAAAAACAGCAUCCAGCAUCAAAAGCACACGUUUAUUAUCAGAGCUGUGCUGAGGUUGGUGAGUUAUGUUAUCAAUAAAGCUGAGACAUAAACGAGGUAAGACAUGUAGCAGUUGUACGACAUCAGAAAUGCAGGGGGGGAGGGGUUGCUUUUUUUUUUUUUUAAAGUGUUUUCCAGUUGAAAAAAUUGAAAAAAGGCAAUAUCCCAGAACUUCACCCUAGUGGGCUGUUAUGCCGACUGGGGAGCAGCUGAGUAUGCCCUGUGCUCUGGCCACACCCCGCACAUCAAAUGGAGAUGUGGCUAAGAGGGGAUGGCAGCUCCACAACAGCCACCUGGGCAAUCCCCAGCUGCUCCAGUUGGCUGGCUUUGUAGCCCCUUUGAUCUCUGGAGCAUUUCAGAGGCAAAAAAAAAAAAAAAGGCUAUUUUUAAGCCAAUACGAGGGAUUUACAAAUAAUGUAUUUAGAAACAGGAGAUUUAUACUGUUAACGUUGGAUGAAAUAUUCUUAAUUAAUGAUUAUGGUGUGGUUUAAACUGAACAGGAAUCCAUCCAUGCAAUCCAAUAGACUGGAGUGUUUCUACAUAUCAAGCCAAGGUGCUGUGUGACAACCUGUUAACCUACCUGGUUUUCCAUUUGUACAUUAAUAAAUGGAGGCAAAGCAGCCCCGAAUGGACAAUACAGCAAACAAAUAGUCCAGAAGGAUGUUACAAAAACAGCCAUCAUUCAAGUGUCAUAAGCCGCAAUUCAACAAAGUACUUACGGACAUGCUUAACUUUCAAGUUAUUGGGAUGGCUCGUGAACUUAAAGUGAAGCACACGCUCAUGUGCUUUGCUGAAAUUGGUCUUUUAAGAACUGACCAUCAGCUCCCAUGGAAAUAAGACAAAAGACACAUUUUAACCUGUAAUGAAAUUAAAUUAAAAGUGAGUGGUACUUUUGUUACACAGAGGGUACACAUUAUAGCACAGCAGAAGCCAGUUACCCAACAACACAAUGCCCGUUACUGGGCUCAAGGAUUUACACAUAUUUAGGUAGCGGUAACAGUGAUGUGCAGACAGGUGUUUUUGCUGGGAGUCAGAGGAUGUGGCUAAUGAUACUCUCCCAUCAGAGUUUACUCUGCGUAGGGUAGAAUUUAAUUGUUUUUUGUCUUUUUGUUUUUUUCAUUGCUUGACAGUGUUCCUUUACACUUCUAUAAGUGUUACUGAAAAUUGGUUCAUGAAAACUUACUGACAUGUAUUGCAUAAAAAGAGUUUACAGCUUUAUAAAAUGAUGAAGUUGUAAAGCUGCAAUACAUGACUUGACUUGGUUUUGUUUUAAAAUUGACCUUGCACUAUAGUUUUAAUAAUGCUCAAUGAAAUUUACUGUAACUUCUUCAGAAAUAUCUUUUGGUCAUAACUGCCAAAGAAUUGCACAAUGGAUUUGCACCAAGUUCAACUUAACUUUCACAGAGGAAUAAAGCUUUUUUGAAUAUUGACGUCUGUACAUUUAUGGGGAUGUAGACGGCUUUGUACUGGAAUAUUUCUUGAUACUUUUUAUUUUUACUCAGGAAUUCAAUAAAUAAAAUUCUAUAUCAUUUAGA